GAGCUUGAAACGACAGAACCAAGACUGGCAGCUCUACACCAACAUGGGACACUCAAUGGAGCGGGUUUACAAGAAGAUCGUGGAGAUCAGUGCCUUCAAGCACGCCUUGACGUUCUCAAGCUUGGCGCUGGAUCCCGAGCUCAAGAACAAGAUCAUCCAGGACCUGGACUCCUUCAUGGGUGGCAGGGAUUCUUCAGCUGGGAGAGCUUGGAAGUGCAGGUAUCUGGGCCACCAGGGACUGGGAAGUCGUCGCUCAUCUCUGCCAUCGCAAACUACACGCAGUACGAUGUCUACGACAUGGAGCUGACGGAGGUGAAGAGCAAUGCCGACUUGAGGAAGCUGCUCAUGGGGAUUUCCAACAAGGCUAUCAUCAUGAUCGAGGACAUCAACUGCUCGCUGGAGCUCAAGAAGAGGGGAAGAUGGCACAUUUUCAUGGGAUACUGUGGAUUUGAGGAGUUUGAGGAGAUCAAAGAGCUCAUCACCAAGGUUGAGAUCACUCCUGCUGAUAUCAUGGAGGUGUUGGUCCAGAACAGGGGGAACUCAAGAGGGGCUCUAGUGAAAGUGAUUGAGACUUGCCAGGAUCGAGGCUGCGAAUAA